GACCGAGGUUACGUAGACGUCGAGAGGUCGUCCGCCUUCCGCAGCGCCCAGGCUGCUGGAAUCAACACCUCAUUCCAGGCCGGUCCGGAGAAAGUCACCAUGGAGCAGCAACAGCUGCUGCCGAAGAGCGAAACCUUCCCUAACCCAACCUUUACGCUCGCGCGCUACGACACGAAGCAUGGCCGGCCGCUACCGCAAGCCAUCGCACACCGCGGCUACAAAGCCAAGUACCCCGAGAACAGUAUGGCCGCAUUCACCGGGGCGGUCGAGGUGGGCGCGCACGCCGUGGAGACGGAUGUGCACCUGACGCGCGACGGCGUCGUGGUGCUCUCGCACGACGCGACGCUGAAGCGCUGCUUCGGGCGCCCCGAGAAGGUCCUCGACUGCGACUGGGAGUACGUCGCGACGCUGCGCACGCUCGAGGAGCCCCAUGCCCCGAUGGCGCGGCUGACGGACUUGCUCGCGUAUCUGGCCCAGCCGGGCUUGGAGCACAUCUGGGUGCUGCUGGAUAUCAAAAAGGACAACAACCUGGACCAGGUGAUGCGCCUCAUUGCGGAGACGAUUGCGGCCGUGCCGGCGAGCCCGGAGAGGCCUUGGAACCAGCGCAUCGUGAUAGGCGCCUGGGCUGCCAAAUACCUCGGCCCCAUCUCGACACACCUCCCCACGUUCCCCAUCACGCACAUCACCGUCUCGCCGCUCAACACGUGCCCGUUCCUGCGCACGCCAUACGCCAGCUUCAACAUGUUCCUCCCGAUGCUCAUGGGCCCGCUGGGCGCGGCGUUCCGGCGCAAAGCGCGCAGCCUGCGCCGCCCCGUUUACGCCUGGACCGUCAACCGCGAAUCCUGGAUGCGGUGGGCCAUUACGCACGCGCUGGACGGCGUCGUCACGGACGAGCUGGAGCGCUUUCUCGACGUGUGUCGGCGGUGGGAGGACCAGCUUGAGGGCUUGGAGCCCGGCGAGGAGCGCCGCAGUUGCUUGGGCCUGUUGUGUUUUGGGUGAUUGGGCGUAUCACGAAGACUUAGAUGAGAGUCGCGCGCGAAGACACGGGCGAGUGGUGAGAGCGGAAAGGAAGGGUUUAGAUAGCGCGGCGUUAUUGGUGUGGGGGUCCAUCACGGCUUGACGCUCGGGCCACCAGUUACACCCGUCAAUUUUUCCGGGGCAGCAGCAGCAGCACCUCGGCGGUCGAGCUUGCGCGCCGCUACCUACCUAACCUACUCCUA